AUGGCUUCAUACGGAGAAGCAGUUGCUCUGCAGAUUGCCUCAGGCUCAGAGACAUCACUCAACUCUAUCCCACCUCAGCCUACCGAGCAAAAGAAUGAAGUUGUUCUGGCCACUCCAAAGGAGAUCCAACUUCCUGAACAGCGAGGUUCAGAAAAGACUCGAGACCUCAAGUAUAGGCAUGCAUCAACAUACCGCAAGAUCUUCACCAUAAUUUUCGUCGCCAAUGCCGCCGUAUUCAUCGCUCUCAUGGUUGUAUCCAACACGACACUCCUUUCCCGCGACGCCGCUAGUGCUGCAUCAGCCAACCUCAUGGUCUGCAUUCUAUUUCGUCAAGAAGAAUUCGUCAAUCUAUGCUACGAAAUCGCCGUUCUCGUUCCUCACUCUUGGCCCAUGAGCAUCAGAAAGCGACUCGCCAAAGUGUUUCACUAUGGUGGUUUCCACAGCGGUGCUGGAGUCGCUGCCACAUCAUGGUAUCUGGCCUACACGAUCCUGGCCACUAUGGAGUAUGCCGAAGAUAAGAAAGAGUACAGACUGGUCAACAUGAUCACUGGCUGGGUCGUGGUCUGCAUGUUCUUCGUCAUCCUGGUGGCUGCGUACCCCACUAUCCGAAGGAAGUUCCAUGAUCACUUUGAAGCUUUCCAUCGCUUUGCUGGUUGGGUUUCACUCCUUGCCUUUUGGGUGCACAACAUCGUUCAAGCUCGCGUCACUGCUCACGAGUGGAACAAGUCUAUUGCUUACGCUCUGGUCCGAUCUCCCAACUUCUGGUGCAUUUGCGUAACUACCUCUUGCACAAUCGCUUCUUGGUCCCGACUCCGCCGUCGCGUGGUUUACCCCGAGAAGCUGAGCGACCAUGCUACCCGUCUCCACUUCAAGUACAGAGACAUGAAGCCUUUCUACGGCCUCAAGAUCAGCGACAAGCCUUUGACUGAGUGGCACGCAUUUGCUACAAUUCCCGAUAUUGAGCCUGAGUCUGGUAAGGUUGAGGGUUUUAGUGUUGUUGUCUCCAACGCAGGAGACUUUACCAAGAAGCAAAUUAUGGACGCUGCAGAGAGAAAGCUUUGGGUUCGAGGUGCACCCCUACAUGGUCUAUUGUACACUUCCAAGAUCUUCCAACGAAUUGUCAUUGUCGCUACAGGAUCUGGUAUCGGACCUUGUCUCUCCCUUCUCUACGCCGAUGCCACGCCUCGUCGUGUUCUUUGGUCGACUCGUGAUCCGGAAAAGACAUAUGGGCCAGGUGUCGUCAGCGCUGUCAAGCGAGCUGACCCCAACGCGCUUAUCUGGAACACUACUACACGUGGCUAUCCUGACAUUGUGCUCGAGACUUAUAAGCUGGUGGUUGAGUCUAACGCGGAGGCGGUUUACAUCAUUUCGAAUCCAAAGGUUACGGACAAGGUUGUGUUUGGAAUGCAGACUCGCGGUGUUCCAGCUUAUGGUGCUAUUUUUGAUUCAUGA